AAGAAGGGUGGCAAUAUGUAAUGAAGUGCAAGAGCUGACGAGUCACAUUCACUGAAGUUCAGCAAAUGAAAAGGAAGAAGGUCAAAGUUUGGAUCCGAGCACAACUUUUGUCGGUUAAGUAAAAUGGAUGUUUCCUGUCUGGGAAGUGGAAUGGCGCAGCAAGGAGCUCAGCUGGACCAGGAAACAAUUUCCUGCUCGAUCUGUCUGGAUCUUCUGAAGGAUCCGGUAACUAUUCCCUGUGGACACAGCUACUGCAUGAACUGUAUUAAAAUCCACUGGGAUGAAGAGGUUGUGAAGGAAAUCUACAGCUGCCCUCAGUGCAGACAGACCUUCACACCGAGGCCUGUCCUGGUGAAAAACACCAUGUUAGCAGUUUUAGUGGAGCAGCUGAAGAAGACUGGACUCCAAGCUACUCCUGUUGAUCACUGCUAUGCUGGACCUGAAGAUGUGGCCUGUGAUGUCUGCACUGGGAGGAAGCUGAAAGCUGUCAAGUCCUGUCUGGUGUGUCUCGUCUCUUAUUGUGAGAAACACCUCCAACCUCAUUAUGAAUCUCCUGCAUUUGAAAAACACAAGCUGGUCGACCCCUCCAAGAAGCUCCAGGAGAACAUCUGCUGUCGUCAUGAUGAGGUGAUGAAGAUGUUUUGCCGUACUGAUCAGCUGUGUAUCUGUUAUCUCUGCCCUGUGGAUGAACAUAAAGGCCACGACACAGUCUCAGCUGCAGCAGAAAGGACUGAGAGGCAGAGAGAGCUCGAGGUGAGUCGACAAAACAUCCAGCAGAGAAUCCAGGACAGAGAGAAAGAUGUGAAGCUGCUUCAACAGGAGGUGGAGGCCGUCAGUCGCUCUGCUGAUAAAGCAGUGGAGGACAGUGAGAAGAUCUUCACUGGGCUGAUCCGUCUCAUCCAGAAAAGAAGCUCUGAUGUGAAGCAGCAGAUCAGAUCCCAGCAGGAAACUGAAGUGAGUCGAGUCAAAGAGCUUCAGGAGAAGCUGGAGCAGGAGAUCACUGAGCUGAAGAGGAAAGACGCUGAACUGAAGCAGCUGUCACACACAGAGGAUCACACUGAGUUUCUACAAAAUUACUUCCCACUUACAUAUCUCAAUGAAUCCAUAUACUUCGCUCCUAUCCACCCCAACUGUUUGUGGCACUUUGAUGAAGUGCGAAACAAGGUUUCAGAGCUCGGAGAUAAACUACAGGACACUAUGAGUAAGGAAUGGACAAAGAUCUCGCUGAAAGUGACUGAAGUGGACGUUUUACUGUCUCGAGAGCCGAAGACCAGAGCUGAGUUCUUGGACUAUUCACGUCAAAUCACACUGGAUCCAAACACAAUAAACACACAUCUGUCACUAUCUAAAGAGAACAGAAAAGUGACAUUCAUGGCAGGGGAACAAUGUUAUCCUUAUCACCCAGACAGAUACAUUGACAGGUGUCAGGUCCUGAGUAGAGAGAGUCUGACUGGACGUUGUUACUGGGAGGUGGAAAAGGGUGUGGGAGGAGUUUCAGUGGUAGUUGCAUACAAAGACAUUACGGCUUUAAAUGAAACAUUUGGACAAAAUGACAAGUCAUGGGCAUUAGAGUUUUACAAAUGUCGUUAUGAAUUCAGACAUAACAACAUCUCAACUCCCGUCUCAGGUCCUAGUUCCUCCAAAAGUCCAGACCACAUUCACUCAGCCUCUCUAUGCUGGUUUUUAUCUUUAUGGUCCCACUGGAAACACAGUUGAGCUGUGUGUGCUGAAAGUCCCACUUUACUCAAACAUGUAUUUUUCUUCUUCCUCCAUCACUUUGAAGGACAAGGUGAAGCUUCUCUUUGGAUAAUGAUGUAUGUCCAGAAUUUCAUACUGAAGACUGUUUUCACAUUCAUCUGCUGAAAGUUCAUCUUAAAUCGGAGU